UUUAAACACCCAGUGAUACUAAAAAUACACAUUUUGGUGACUGAACAUUUGAAAAGAAUUGAUGUUUUAAAUGCCCAACUUUCCUGAAAGUAAUUAAUUAUGUCUCUGACUUCAUCCAUCCACUCUGGUAGCUGGCUUUCAUUUACAACUGUAAUUAAGAACAAAUACGCUGAAUGAUCUCUGUGUUCUUGUCGUUGGCCAGGCUGUGUGGUGCAGAUUAUGAAUGGAUGGGCGAAAGGAAUCAGGGAAGAGAGAGGCGGGACAGGAUCGUUCCAAUUUAGCUUUAAGUUGGCUCCACCUCACUUGUCAUGCUGUGUUGUUUUGUUGUGUUAACCAUGACAACUGUCUGAGUGGCUCCAUGCAGAUUUAGGAUUAUUCUUGCUGAGAGAGAAUUAAGAAGGAAGCACAAGAAGAAAAAGGACAAGGAAUGCAAAACGGGUUCUGUGAGGAGAAAAGUAGACACCAGACAGACUGAAAAGCAAUGUUUAUUCCUGGUCUUGAUUUUUUACUUGUACAAGCUAAAAAAAAUGAAUAAAAUUAAAUAAAAUUAAAAAAACAGCAGCUUUAACAGUUCCAAAAACAUGUUGGAUUUGUGGAAUAACACAGUCAGACCGCAGUGACCAGAGGGUCUGCAGGACAGCUUGGCUUGUACAUUUUCACGUCAGCAAAUCUCACAAUGAUCUGGCACUUCAAUACAGCUGCUAAAUCAUGAAGGAUUGCACUUUAUGUUUUUACUUUUUAAUGUUUGGUUAUUUUAGUGCAAACGGUAGUAAUUAAUGCCAUAAAUAAAUGAGAGGCACCACUGAACAUAAAUUAUGCUAAUAGAACAUCAUUUAGACUAUAAUUUGUAUGAAGUUAUUCCUUAUUUGUCUUAAUAUUUGAACUGUCUUUUUUUCUCUAAGUUGAUGACAUUUAUUGAUUUCCUUCACAUUUUUUUUCUUUUAUAGGAAUGCUCUCAGUCUUCCUGCUAGCUGGGUUGAUACUGGCUCUGUCCAUCCCUGGUACUAAAUCUGAGUCAGCCACGCUGCGCUUCCUCGGCCAGACGGACUUUGUUGUCAACGAGAGCAGCACGGCCGUCGUACGCCUGGUCGUGGAGCGAGUGGGAGAUCCGGUCAAUGUGACAGCUUUGGUUCUGCUAGAGGGAGUUGACACCGGGGACUUUGAAGCCAUUAAUGCUGCGGCCUUCCUGCUGUCGACUGAGUCCAGUAAAACCAUCUUUAUUGCUGUGAGGGAUGAUGACCUGCCUGAAGCUGACGAGACAUUUACCUUUAACCUUAGACUACAGAGUUCCUCUAACGGUGUGAUACUGGGUACACCGAACAAGGCAACAAUCACCAUCUUGUCCAAUGACAAUGCCUUUGGAAUAAUUGCCUUCAAUUCAACGGAGGAGAUUGUUGUGGAUGAACUCAGAGGAAAAAACCACAAUGUGCCUUUCACCCUGAUCAGAGAAAAGGGAACAUAUGGGACUGUGACUGUGAACUUUGAGAUAUCCGAUGGACCCAAUCCUGCUAUUGAGGAUGUCAGUCCAGACAGAGGCACCAUCACCAUCCCUGUGGGACAGGCUGUGGUGCAUUUCAGUAUUCUCAUCCAGGAUGAUCAGAUCCCAGAGGAUGACGAAGUGUUUUCGGUAAGGCUGACGGGUGUGGCUGGAGGAGCCCUCCUUAAGCCCAAUGCCAGCAGUAUCCAGCUGAGAAUUCGGCGAAAUGACAGUCCUCUGCGGUUCCUCCACUCUGUGAUGGCUGUGCCAGAAUCUGCGGCUGUCAUUGCACUAAAUGUGACCCGUGGUCGGCUGACUGGAGACGGGCCUCUUAUCGGCUCCGUGGAAACUGAGGUGUCCAUAGAUUACAUGGUUGUGAGUGGUGAAGGACUGGGCAGUGCCACUCCAGCUGUGGAUUUUUUGGACUUGCAGCCAAACAGAACCAUUCGGUUUCCUCCAUUUGUCUUUGAAACGAGCCUCCUGUUCAACAUCAGUGAUGAUAGCGUGCCAGAAAUUGCAGAAUCCUUCCACGUGGUCCUGUUGGAGGACACUAUCAGAGGAGACGCUGUUCUAGUUUCACCCAACUCUGUGCUGGUGACCAUCGAGCCCAAUGACAAGCCUUAUGGUGUCCUCUCAAUAAGCAGCAGCGGCUUCAUCCAGCCAUUCAGGAUCAAUGAAGAUCUGACCCAAAGAUUUGACGGUAUUGUCAUUGUGAGAAAUGGCGGAAGCUACGGAGCUGUGUCCGCCAACUGGUCCAUCAGCAGAAACUCCAGUAGUGGCUCACCAGUGUCAGAUGACUUGACUCCAGAGUUGGGGACAGUGAAGUUUGCUGCUGGUCAGGUGACAGCCGUGAUCCCACUGAGUAUUGUGCAGGACGAUCAGCCCGAAGAGGCAGAGGCCUUUGUUUUCAAGCUUUUGCCCAAAACCGUAACAGGAAACGCAGAGGUCGACGAACCCAUGCAGAUGAUCUUCUUCAUCCAGGACAGCGACGAUGUCUAUGGUCGUUUUCUGUUUGACCCAACCAAAGAGCAGAGCAUCCAGAGCCAGCCCGAGGGGCGAUUCUUGUCCCUACAUUUUGUGAGAAAUGGUGGCACGCUGGGUGAAGUGUCUAUGGCCCUCACAGCCCUCUACAUUCCCGCUGGUCCAGUAAAUCCAGAACUAGCCCGUGACCAGGUUCUAAAUGUUAGCAGGUCUAUUAAUGUGGUGUUUUCCCACGAACGGACAGCCCAUGUGAUACUUCCUAUCAGGAACGAUGCCUUUCUGCAGAAUGGAGCUCAUUUCUUCUUACAGUUGAACACCCUGGAGCUGGUUGACAUCAGCCCCUUAAUUCCUUCUAACAGCCCGAGGUUUAGUGGACCUUUAAACCUGACUUUGACUGUCACGCCUGACAUUGCUAAUGGAGAAAUUGGCUUUAUAAGUAACACAACAGUUGUGCUUCAUGAACCAGAGGACACUAAUAGCAGUCUGGUUAGCCUCCAUCUGCGGCGUGAUGGAACAGACGGGAAAGCUUUGGUGUUCUGGAGUAUUCAGCCAACCGGUGCCAACCGUGCAGAUGUAACCCGGAGUGACCUGACGCCGUUCAACGGAUCGGUUGUUUUCCUGUCGGGGCAAAGUGAUGCCUUCAUCAAUAUAACUGUGCUGGCUGACAACAUCCCAGAGGUUAAUGAGACGAUGUUGCUCACAUUAGAUAGGAGUAAUGUUGAUAAUCAGAUCUUGAAAGCUGGUUUUACCAGCAGAGAGAUGAUCAUAGUUGAGAAUGAUGACCCAGGAGGUGUCUUUGAGUUCUCCCCGUUCUCCAGGGGCCCGUGGAUUAUCAACGAAGGGGAGGCUGUUGAGCUCCGCGUCGUCAGAACUCAGGGACAACUUCUGAAGCAGCUGGUGCGAUAUGUUGUUGUGCCUUCUGGCAGCGCUGAAUUCUACGGAGCUACAGGCAUCUUGGAGUUUAAACCCGGAGAGCAGGAUGUGGUGGUUGCUCUGGUGGCGAGGCCUGAUGGCGUGCCUGAGCUGGAUGAAACAUACUCUGUGAUACUCAGCAGCUAUAGUACACCACCCAGUCGUCUAGGCAACCAGAGAGAGGUCAACAUCACUGUGAGAAAAAAUGACGACCCAUUUGGAGUUGUUGAAUUCCUCCAGUCAGAGCUGAAGGCGACCAUCAACGAGAGUAAAGGGGAUGUUAAGCAAGAAGCUGUGUAUCCAGUAGUAAGAAACAGUGGUCUCUUUGAAGAAGUGUCAGUUUUGUGGGUCUUGGAGCCAGCUGUGACUAAAGAUGUCAGCCCCACCCAGGGAAAAAUCACUUUUAAAGAAGGAGAGUCUGUUCAAAACAUCACCGUAUUCUCUGUUCCUGAUGAGAUCCCAGAGAACAUGGAGAAUUUUACCAUCUCUCUGGUAAAUGCUACAAAUGGUGCACGACUGGGAAACAACCUUAUUGCAAGUUUAUUGAUAAAUAAGAAUGAUAACCCAAUUCACUUUUCUGAACCUGUCGUCGUGCGAGCUCGUGAAGGAGAGGUCGUCCACUUCACUGUUCUGAGGGACGGUGAAACUGAUUAUAAGGCAACAGUUAUGUACCGCAUAGAGCAUGGCGGCACUUCCCCAGAUGACCUCAAUGUGCUGACUAAUGAUACACUGUUGGUGUACGACGUGGGCGAGUGGAUGAAGAAUAUCACUGUGGCUGUUGAAGAUGAUGACACACCGGAGACAGAUGAGCCUUUUUACAUUGUUCUGUACAAUGCCACAGGAGAUGCGGUUGUGUAUGGAGCAGACAAAGCAACCGUGAUCAUUGAAGCCAAUGAUGAUGCCAAUGGGAUUUUCUCCUUGGAACCCGUAGAAAAACCAGUGGAGGAGGGCAAGCCAAAUACUUUUAAUGUACUUCGAGCACGAGGCCAUUUUGGGAAUGUUAGCGUCCACUGGAAGCUGUUUGCCAACGACUCGGUGACUCCUCUUGAUGAAAAGCAGGAGUUCAUCAACACAUCAGGCUUCAUCACUUUUACCACAGGAGAAAAGAGCAAGCCUAUUAUCUUGGAAGCCAUCUCAGAUAAACUGCCGGAGUUUAAUGAAUUUUAUGUGCUCAGGCUGGUAAACAUCUCUGGAGAGGGUGGGCAGCUUUCAAACGCCUCUUUAAACACAUCUGUGCUUAUUCCAUUCAAUGACGAUCCUUUCGGCGUCUUCGCCUUUGCCGAUGUUAAUCUGGACCAAGAAGUUGCGGAGGACGUUCUAUCUGUAGACGACACAUCCAAUUUUGCUCCUUUUACUAUCCUGCGACAACAGGGCACAUUUGGUGACGUUCGGGUGUCCUGGGAGGUCGUAUCUGAACGCUUCCCGGAAGGUCUUCCCCUCAUGGAUGAUCUGCUGCUUCUAGCUUCUUUCCCAGAUGACGUCGAGCUCAGACCUCAUUCUAGGAGACAUCAUUCAGCCACAGACACUUGGUUUUUCUCUGGGCUCCCUGGAGCAUAUGGAAGCAUCGAUCCUGAAGAUGCUCCUGCCUCGAUCGGCAACUUCACCUUCUCUGCUUGGCUGGUACCUAGACUGAACACGGAUGGCUUCAUCGUCUCCAAAGGAACCCAAAACGGGAGCUUUUAUUAUGGAGUGAAGAUGCACACCAAUGAGUCACACGUCACAGUUAUGUUGUACUAUACGGUAAUAGGAUCCAAUAACACCCAGGUGGCCCGGGCCACUGCUGAGAAGUUCUUGGAGGAGAACACGUGGGUACAUGUCAUCAUAACGGUGGAUGAUGGGAUUAUUGAGUUCUUCUUGGAUGGAACUUCAAUUCCUGGAGGCCUGAGGAGCAUCAAAGGAGAAGGCAUUAAUGAUGGUCCUGCCUCAGUGUUCAUAGGAUCCGAUCCUGAAGGCAGACAGCUCUACACUGGCCUCCUCCAGGACAUCCGCUUGUACCACUCUAAGCUGAACCGCAGCCAAAUCCACGAGCUCCACACUCAACCUUCUAAAACAGAUCUGCGAAACAUCUCCGGUUACCUGCGGUACCUUCAGGAUGAGAGACAGAAAUCGUUUGUGGUGGAGGUCAGGGAUGACGCAGACGAGGAAGGAGAAGAGAUUUUUUAUCUUCAGCUGGUGGCCGUGAGCGGUGGAGCCCGUCUCCCCAUUCCCAGACCCACAGCUCUCCUGCGGGUUAUGAAGAGUGACAAUGCCAAUGGGCUGUUUGGAUUCACUGGUGCCUGCAUACCUGAUAUCGGCGAUGAGGGCUCAACUAUUUCUUGUGUGAUCGAGCGAACUCGAGGUUCCCUGGACCACGUUUCUGUGAACUACAAUGUGACACAGCUGGGCAGUGGCAGCCCUGCUGACCAAGAUUUUGCUAAUGCAACUGGAUCAGUGCUUUUCAUGCCUGGACAACGCUCUGAGGUGCUGAAUCUGCUCAUUUUGGAUGAUAACCUCCCAGAGUUGGCAGAGUCCUUCAAGGUUGCGCUGGUGUCAGCAGAGUCCGGCGAUGGGAAAGCAGGCUCCAACCCCACCAGCGGAGCAAGCAUUGACCCCAAUAAUUCAGUUAACACUAUCACCGUCACAGCUAGUGACCAUCCCUAUGGUCUGCUGCAGUUUCAGCCCACUCCUCCAGGAGAAGGACUGAUCUCUCCAGCUUUAAAGCCAGCCAGCAUAACAGUUGCAGAGGAGGAUGGACUGAUCCAUCUACCAGUGGUCAGAGCCCAAGGCCUUCUGGGAAGUGUCAUGGUAGGAUUUAGGACGACCCCUUUCACAGCUUCCAGUCCAGAAGACUAUGAGGAGGCUGAGGGGGUGUUGGAGUUUCUUCCAGGAGAGAGGUUGAAGUUCAUCAAUGUGUCGAUCGUAGACAAUCCUGUUCCUGAGCUGGAUAAGAUUUUCAGAGUGGAGCUCUACAGCACAGACGAUAGAGUGGAUCCUUUCCUGCAUAGUGAAGGGAGUGGUACUGAGGAGAGUGACUAUGGCUUCCUCCCUUCAUCCUUUUACCACCACGCCAGCUUGGGAGUUGCGUCUCGCAUCACUGUCAUCAUCGCUGCGUCUGAUGAUGCCCAUGGAGUGUUUCAGUUCAGUCCUACAUCUCUGUCCGUUAAUGGGACAGAACCUGAGGAUGGAUUCAACUUUGUCGUCCUGCAGGUGGAUCGUUCUUUUGGUGACCUGUCUAAUGUCACGGUGUUCUGGGAAGCUGAUCCCAGCUCUGAGACGGAGCUCAUCAGCAGAUAUGGAAACAUCACCUUCAGGAAGGGGCAGACAAGAGAGAAUAUUACCCUCAGUGUAGCCCAGGAUGAGAUUCCAGAGCUGGACAAGAGCUUCACUGUAUCUCUGGUUAACGUUUCACACGGUCGUCUGGGGAAUAAGACAUCUGCUACUUUGACAAUCCUUGCUAGCGAUGAUCCUUAUGGCGUUUUUGUUUUUACUAACGCAACGAGAUUCGUUCGACUUGCUGAGGCUGACGCAACAGUUUCCCUCACCAUCCAGCGACAGAGAGGUUUGAUGGGCCAGGUGCGUGUCUCAUAUGGGACAUUAAAAGAGAGCGAUGAGGAGCCGUUCAGGACCCCUGGAGUGGGCCGAGCUACCGAAGGAAAGGAUUUUGUUCCCCUCCUGGAUUCUGUUGUGUUCUUAGCAAAUCAGAGUCAAGCAAAUGUCACCCUUCAAGUGCUGGACGAUAAUGACCCUGAAAGAGACGAGUCGAUAUUUGUAAGGUUGAUUGAUGUUCGUUUGAUCCAAGGAGAGCAGGAGAGAUUCAUCCCCAAUACCCCUUCCCUGGGCUCCAAGACUGAGAUUGUAUCACAGGUGAUUGUGGGAGCCAGCGACGAUGCCUUUGGAGUUCUCCAGCUGUCCGCCUCUGCUGUCAGUGUCGCUGAAAGCUACGUUGGACCGAUCAUAAAUGUGACCCGCGUUGGCGGGAUUUUUGCUGAUGUAUCCGUCAAGUUCCGAGCCGUGCCUUUAACCGCCAGAGUUAGUGAGGACUACAGUGUGGCCUCGACUGAUGUGGUCCUGUUAGAGGGAGAGUCCAGCAAAUCUGUUCCCGUCUACGUCAUUAAUGACCUGGUCCCUGAGUUGGAGGAGACCUUUAUCGUUGAGUUGAUCAAUCAAACGACUGGAGGAGCUAUGCUAGGAGAGUUGACACGUGCCAUCAUAACCAUACUGCCUUCUGAUGACCCGUUUGGUGCCUUUGUCUUCCAGGCUGCUCCAAUAACAGUAGAGGAGCCUGAGUCCAACUCUGUGGUGGUCACUCUUCCCAUCGUGCGCAACGCUGGUACCAUUGGGUCAGUGACAGUGAAAUGGCAGGCAACUGUUAAUGGGAAAUUAGCAGUGGGGGAUAUCAGACCAACAUCAGGAGAGGUGAAAUUUGAUCCUGCAGAGACUAUUAAGACGCUCAGAGUGGAGAUUUUGGCUGACGAUUUACCUGAAAUCACUGAGAUUAUUAAAGUUGAGCUAACAGAAGCUUCUAAUGGAGGCAACCUGGGAGCUGAUAAAUCGGUUAACAUUAUAGUGCCUGCCAAUGACAACCCCCACGGAACAGUUUACUUUGAUCAGUCGGUGUAUCGGGUUCAGGAGCCACUGGAAGGUGUUUAUAGAGCCAAUAUUACUGUCCGGAGAAGAGGUGGAUACUUUGGCCGUUUGAUGAUCAUGUACAACACCUCUGAGAUCGACGUUGUUGGUUUGGCUCAAGCCAAUAACCAGAAUCUGUUGAUGUACUAUGACUCUCCAAAGCCUGGCAGACCAGCCAGUGGUCUGAUGACUGUUAACAUCACAGGCCAAGGAGAGCCUGUGGCUGCGUGUGCUGCAGCCUGCCUGAGACAGCAGGCCUGUCAGGCUUUCUCUGUUUCUUCUGCCACGACGCCACCGCAAUGCACAUGGGUGACCUCAGGGGCCGAGCAGCUGACCUCUACCUCGCAGGUUUCUACCUACAUUAAAAAUGGGACUGCCACUGCUGUCUUGUUUAGUGCCAAAGCGGUGGCGGGGAGUGAUUAUACUCCUGUGGUUGCUCAAAGUGCCUUCAUGGAGGACGGAUCUGGGGUUGCUAACCUCACUGUCCUGAUUUUAACCGACACUUUUCCUGAAAUGGAUGAGAGCUUCUCGAUACAGAUAUUAAAGGCAGAACUGGUAAAUUUGACGGUGCCACAGAAGAACCUGCCUUCCAUUGGUCAGCCGGACAAGGCUCUAGUCACUAUAGGAAUAAACGGAGAUGCGUUUGGAGUGUUCUUAAUCUACAGCAUCAAUCCUAACGCCACCAAUGACGGACUCUUCCUAGAGGUUCGAGAAGAACCCAGAGUUUCAGUGACUCUGGUUAUUGAGAGGAGAGGAGGAAAUCUAGGCACUGUGACUGUUGAGUGGAAAUUUGUUGGUGGGAAAGCUACACCAGAUUCAGACUUCAUAGGGACCGGAGGAACUCUGGUCUUUGAUGGUGGUCUAAAGAAAACCAUACAGAUAGAAAUCAAAGAUGACGAAGAGCCAGAGGACAAUGAGAGCCUCAUGAUUGGCCUCGUCAGCACGGCAGGAGGAAGUCGAAUUCUGCCCAGCUCUGAUACUGUAACCAUAGUAAUACUGGCAAAUGAUCACGUGGCGGGGAUAGUGGGAUUCCACUCAGCUUCACGUUCUGUUAUCGCUAGAGAAGGAGAAAGCCUGUCCUUGCUAGUGUUGAGAUCUGCCCCCGGUUUGGGAAAUGUCUCCGUCGACUGGACUAUUCAAGGCCCGCUGACUCACCGAACCUUCACUCAAACUUCAGGAACCCUCUUCUUCACCAAGGGCCAACUCAAUGAAACCAUAGUUCUGCAGCUCCUUGAAGAUGCCACACCGGAGGACAAAGAUGAAUACAGAGUUUUACUCUCUAACAUAAAAACAUUUGGUGUGGCAGUGACAGGCCAUGCUGCACUGGAUGUUCAAGGCAGGGAAGCAGUGGUCACUGUGGACAUCAGCGAUCAGCCUUAUGGACUGCUAACCAUAGCCCCAUCCUCUGUCAGGGUGACCACAGAAGAACACGCCCAAAUUAUAUACAUCUACAUCAACAGGGAGUUUGGGACGUCAGGAGCGGUAAAUAUCACCUAUGAAGUAAGGAGAGGCUCUCUACAAAACCUGACUCAGGUGGAAGGUGCCCUUGCAGACCCAGGGCUGGAUUUCAUCUCUGGCAUCGGGUCUGUCCUCCUCCAGGAUGGACAAACUUCCAUAGGCAUCCCAGUAACUAUACUGGAGGAUGACCUUCCAGAACUGCAAGAAUUCUUCUUGGUGAACAUAACAUCAGCAGUUCUCAUCACAACCCUCACUACAGCUCCUCAACUAGAUACUCAGGGUUUGGUUGCAGAAGUCAGCAUCGCCGCCAAUGAUGGAAUUCGAGGGGUCAUUGAAUGGACACACACCAUGUUUGAAGUGAAUGAAACAAUAGGAGCAGUCACACUCGUGGCCUUCAGGAACAAGGGGACGUAUGGAAACGUCUCUCUGUUGUUCUUCACUCAGAACUUAGAAGCUGAACAGGGCUUGGACUACAAUAGCAGUGAAACGGUGCUUCAUUUUGUGGAUGGAGAAAGGCACAAAUUUGUGGAAGUUCAAAUACUUGAUGACACGAUCCCUGAAGGACCUGAACGAUUCCAACUCAUCCUGUCUAAGCCCUCCCCUGGACUGGAGCUUGGCACAAAUACCACAGCAACUGUGACCAUCCUGGCCAGCGAUGAUGGACACGGUGUCCUCUCCUUCAACACGAGCACUCACUUCCUCCUUCGAGAGCCCACCUCUGUGUCAGGGCUAAGCUACAGCGUGGCCAACCUUUAUGUGAUCCGCAACCCAGAGAAGGGCACGUUUGGCUCUGUGUCGGUUCAGUUUACCAUCACUGAUGCUAAUGGCAGUUUAGCAGAGGGUGACCUGAUGCCCACGCAGGGGUUUUUGGUUCUGGAAGAUGGGGAACGGUUUAAGAUGCUGGAGAUCAGGGCAAUUCUGGAUGCUGAGCCUGAGGGAAAUGAAACCUUCACAGUGACUCUUUUCAACCCAACUGGAGGUGCUCGCCUUGACGGUCAACUCCAGACUUUCAUAACCGUCUUGGAAAAUGUAGCUCCGUCUGGCUUGUUCCGAAUCGGACCCACACUCAACAGAACCAGUGCAGUUGUACUUGCUGAUGAAGGGGGCAGAGCUGUCUUCCUCACCGUAUCUCGCAGUAACGGUCUGAAUUCUGCUGUCAGCGUGGAGUGGGAGAUGCAGUCCAACACAGCUACAGCUGCUGCUGGUCCCUUUCCAGUUUUAGGCUUGUACCAGAGCUUUGAGGACAAUCCCACAUCUGCUUGGUGCACACUUCCAGAAAAGCAUUCCUAUUUAGCUCUGAGACUGGAUAAAAGACCUGUGAUUGGAUCCUCCUAUACUUUAGCUACGCUAUAUCAAUGGCAGGGCGUUUUUGUGCCAAUAGAGUCUAUUAGGAUUCAAGACCCUGCGACAUGCGUUGGAUUUGCAAUGAAUGGCUCCACAUACAUUGGGAUUACACAUGGGGGGCCCCCUUUCUUCCCUGCAGCCAACCUCAGCAUCUUCAAAUUGAAGACGGACUUGAAUAUUACACUGGAGCAAACUUUGGGUGUUGAAGCUCUGGAUGUAAAACACCUGUCCAUUGAAGGCAGAUAUUUUCUCAUAGCUUCAAGCCAGAUUUUUGUUUGGACUGGCAGCUCCUUUACGCUUCACCAGACUUUGAACUUUAGGCAGGAUAUCCUCCAUGUCACUCCUUUCACUCGGGCAGAUGUUCCCUUCCUAAUAGUGUGCAUUGACAGCCAGAAUGUGAGCUGUCAGCUGCUUCAGUGGACCAGUGGAAGGUUUCAAAAUGCAAAGUCUCUGCAGCUCAACGGCAGAGUCAGACAGGUGGAGGCCGUCGCCACAAAAACAGAGGAAAUCCUUCUGCUGAUUGCUACUGAAGGCCUCUCUCCAUCCUGUGAGGUGCUACUAUGGAGCUCAGGCAAACCUUCACCUCAGCUUCAUCAGUCUAUUCCUCAUCCUGGCCUCACAUCCAUUCACUCUUUUACCAUUUCUUCUGGAAUCACUUAUCUCCUGCUAGCUGGAGUAAAUGGUUCAUCUUUCUACUCCUGGAGGUCUGAUUCCUCCUUGUUCUCUGUGGUCCUCAGAGGCCCAAAAGCCUAUAGCUUCCUCUCUUUCAUGGUGCCGUCCUUCAACGCUACAAAGGUCCUCUUGGCAGCUACUGAGGAGACCGGCUCCACUAUUUAUGAAUUCACUUUUGUCUCAAACCAGUCUGAUUUCAUACCAAGUUCUGGUGAGCUGUACUUUGCACCAGGUGACAGGGAGAUGGAAAUAGCCGUGAAUGUCUUAGAUGACGACGUUCCCGAGAUUGAGGAGUAUUUCCAAGUCAAGCUGAAGAACCCGAAGGGCGGGGCUGAGAUUGGGUUUGGCGGUCAGGUGACUGUUGUUGUGCCAACCAACGAUGAUGCUUAUGGAGUCAUUGGUUUUGCUCAGGAUUCUCUUAAUUUUGAGGUGGAGGAGUUGCAGGAAAACAAUCAGAUUUCACUCACUGUGGAGAGGAAUAGAGGGACUUUUGGCAGAUUGACUGUUCACUGGGCUGCCAAUGGCAGUUUAGCUGACAUUUACCCCACUUCAGGAGUAGUAACGUUCUCAGAAGGUCAAAGAUUGGCCAUCAUCUCUCUGGCUGUGAUAGCAGAUGGUUUCCCAGAGCUGAGAGAGAGCGUCACCAUCACUCUCAUGGAUGUUACCACUGUAGGUCUUCAGGAUCUACGAAACGCCGCAGUCAUUGACAAGCACCUGUCUCGGGCGCUAUUCACCAUCUUACCAAACGGGUCUCCAUAUGGUGUGAUUGGAUGGCAUCUGGACUCCCAGUUCACUCUAACACAAGAACCACAGAGGACUCCAGUCAAUGUUAGUCUGACCAUUGUGAGAGAGCAGGGCUCCUCAGGCGAUGUGGCCAUCUAUUACCAGACCGGCCCAGCUCUGUACCAGCCCCCAUCCAAUCAGGCCACCGCAGGAGAGGACUACAUCGCCAAAACUGACAGCAUCAUCAUGGUUAACGGUGCCACUGUAGCCCUAAUCACUGUUACUAUUUUGCCUGAUGACAUCCCAGAGCUGUCAGAGAGUUUACUGGUGAACAUCACAGGAGUGGAGUUAGUGAAAGGUUUGGGUGGAGCUGGGCAGCCCACUCUGAAAAGGACAGGAAUGGAAGUUGCAGAGAUCACCAUCCAGGAGAAUGAUGACCCUCGAGGGGUUCUUCAGCUCAACGUUUCUGAGGAUUUUCCUGGAAGGGUGUUGGCCUAUGAGAUGCCACCACCAAACAACAUCUUUAAUCUGCCUGUGGUGCGACUCGGUGGUCGAACUGGAAGGCUGGUCGUGUACUGGGAGGCUGCUCCAAUCACUGCUGAUCUUAAUGACUUCACCCCUCUGUCAGGAAAUGUCACCUUUCAAGACGGACAAAGAGAAGCCUUUAUAUCCAUCACCAUCUUGGAUGAUGAACAAGUUGAGGCCACGGAGACAUUCACAGUGACUUUGCUGCGCGUGAUUGGCGGGGCUCGCCUCGGACAGAUGACCUCUGUGACCAUCAGUAUUCCAGCCAACGACUCACCUCUCGGACGCUUUGGAUUCCAACACCUGGAGGUGCUGAUCAGUGAGCCAGAGUUUGUGGAUGAUCCUGCUGCUGUGGCAACUCUAACGGUGCUGCGAAGUGCAGGAGGUGAAGGUUCAGUGACACUCACGUGGAAACUGGAGGACAGUGCAGUAGAUGACCUUUCACCUGUUAACGGCACUCUCGUUUUCAACCAGACUGAGUCUAUGAAGACGUUUGUGAUCAGGGCCCUUGCUGACAAUGUUCUUGAAGGGGAGGAACAUUUCACUCUGAGGCUGUCUCCUGCAGACAGUGGUGCCAUCAUAGAUCCUAUAAAUGGUUUGGUGACCAUCACCAUCAAAGCAGACAAGGCAGCACUUGGGAUUAUAGGAAUAGCUGACUCAUCUAGAAAUAUCUUCAUCGGAGAACCUCAGGGAAAUUACACCGGCAGUGCCACAGUCAGCAUUUUGCGAGGACCUGGUGUGUUUGGAGAGGUGCAGGUAUACUGGAACAUCACUCCAGCUGUGGCUUCUGAAUUUGAAAAAAGCUCUGGAACUGUGACCAUGACAGAUGGACAGUCGUCAGCCAACAUAACUUUAAAGGUCGUUGAUGAUGACAUACCUGAGGAGCGCCGUCUGUACCAGCUGUCCCUCACCUCUGCUACAGCGGGGCUGGAAAUAAGCCCCAUCGCCAAACAUGCCACGAUUACUGUUGCAGCCAGUGACAACCCUCAUGGCCUUUUCUCUUUCAUGCAACCUCAGCUCUCAGCAAAAGAGGAGGAGGGAAUGGUGAAUGUGACCGUUUUUCGCUUCCUGGGUAGUUUAGGCAGUGUGCUGGUGAACUAUAGGACUUCUGGGAGCUCAGCAGUCAGUGAGCUGGACUUUCGUCCAUCUUCAGGACAACUGCUGUUUAAUCCAGGCCAGACCUCUCAGAACGUCCCAGUGUUUAUCAAGGAUGACAACCUUCCAGAAGGACCUGAGGUGUUUUUCAUUAACAUCACCAAUGUGGAGCUAGUCAACAUCAGUGCUGUGGACUACACAGUGAGAGAGUUUGGCCUCCAGCUGGAUCAACCCCCCUCCAUAGGCAACAUUUCAUCCCUUGCUGUGUUGAUAAUAAAGAAUGACAACGUGGAAGGCAUCCUGGAGAUACAGCAAAACUAUGUCAACAUUACAGUCGAGGAAGGUGUUGGUACUGUUUUGAUUCCAGUGGUGAGGAGAGUGGGCUUUUAUGGAUCUGUCUCUGCCCGCUUCAUAUCGAGAGGCUUGAGUGCAACUCCCGGUCUGGACUAUAUCCUGAAGAACGGCUCAGUGACAUUUGUCAAUGGACAGAAUGUUAGUUACAUCAAUGUCACUAUCAUAGAUGACCUGGACAGUGAGCUUGCAGAGACUUUCGAGGUCGUGUUGGUUGAAGCCACCGGAGGAGCAGUUUUGGGUCCUCGAGAUGUCGCAAGGGUUACCAUUAGCAAGAGUGACUCUCCAAGUGGGGUGGUCCGUUUCAUGAACGACACCAUCAUCAUGGUGGCAAACCCGAACUCCACUUUGAAACUCAGUCUUGUUGUGGAGAGAGCAGGAGGUCUUCUGGGUAAUGCGACGGUUAAUUGGAUAAUUCUUGGCCCAAAUAGCAGAGAAGUUCUACCCCCAUCUAAUACGGAUUUCCGGGCUCCUGUGAACGGCUCCUUCUUCUUCAGAGAUGGGGAGGAGAGCACAGGGGUCAUCGAGCUGCGGAUACUUCCCCACGGUGAGGUGGAAGUAGAGGAGGAGUUUGUCAUUGAGCUGAGUAUUCUUUCAGGGGAGAUGGAUGUUGAUCCCCAAGCUGGGUCUGUAACACUGAAGAUAGGGAAGUUCGGAGACCCUAACGGCAUUGUUCAGUUCUCCGAAGAUGCUCUUAGGGAGCUUGUCAUCAAUGAACCGAGUGAGGCAGAAGGCCCUCGCAACGUUUCCCUGCUGGUUACACGCAGAGAGGGUGUGAUGGGCAACAUCACAGUCCGCUGGCAAAUCCAAAGUGACUCAAAUGUAAAGGGUGACUUCCUUGUCUUAACGGGCACGGUGAUGAUCCUGGAAGGACAAAGGGAUGCAGAAAUGAUCCUUAACCUGAUGCCCGACACAGAGCCAGAGGUGGAGGAGCUCUACAUCGUCCAACUCACAGCUGUAGAGGGCGGUGCUACGCUAGAUGCAAACCCAAACCUGAUCAGAACCCACAUCAGGGUGCCUGCUAACGAUGACCCACACGGUGUGUUCUCCCUGAACACUGAACAGCAGUCUGUGGUGGUUGUGGGCUCAGGCCUCAACGUCACUAGAGCUGUGGUCAUCAAUGUGACUCGGCUUGCUGGGCUGUUUGGAAACGCCAGUGUGAGCUACAGGAUCACGGGAGGGCCGGACGACAUGAUGGACAUCGAGGAGAUACUGGGAGGCCAAGCUGUGGGGAGCCUGUUUAUGAGAGAGGGGCAGACAUUCAGUACAAUCACGGUGCCCAUCAGCAGCCAGGUGUUUUUGUCAGUUGGCACAAGCUUCACAGCAGAGCUGACAAAUGUUAGGCUCAUCGGUGAUGUCCAAGGGUCUUUGCCACGCCUUCUUAGUGAGGCCAGCUCUGCCACUGUGACUGUACCUGAGGAGGCUGCAAACUCAGAGGUUGGUUUUGAUUCACGGGCUCUACGAGUUUCAAGUGUAGAAACAGGAGAGUGUGAAGCGAAGGUGACACGAACCGGGCUUUUUGGGGCCAUCACAGUGCAAUGGAAAGCUGGGUAUCCCUCAGGACAGGCGCCACCCGGGUUCAGAGCUGGGGCUGUUGUCCCAAAUUCAGGCUCACUGACCUUCGGCCAUGGAGAACGAACCAAAGCUAUAGCUUUUACAGCUGUUGCUAACACUAUAACGGCAGCUUCCUAUGCUAUACACCUCACUGCUGCCACAUCAGACGCUGCUGCCAGUGGGACAGUCAAGCUCAGGUCAGGUUUUACCUUGGCAGAGGUGGAGCCGUUGGGUAUCUACCAGUUUGCGAUUGACUCCCGAAAGUUAGUCAUUGCAGAAGACAUCCAGACGAUAACGCUCUAUGUUCAGAGACUUUAUGGAUCUCGUAGCAACGUCACACAGUUGUCCUAUAAGACACUGGAAGUCAGCGCAGAAGCAGGAAGAGACUUUGUUGCAGUGCCUGACGGGCGUUUGGUCUUUGACUCCCAUCAUCAGACCAACGCUUCCUUCCAGCUUUCCAUACUCGAUGAUUCCCUGUCUGAGCCGGAGGAGCACUUUCAGGUCAACUUGACAGAUGUUCAGGCUCUCAAUCCUGAGCCAGCGUGGAUAGAUGCACCUCCUCGGCUCAACCGACAGCACAGUGUGGCCACAGUCACCAUCCUCGCAAGUGAUGCAACUGGUGGAGUUCUCAGUAUUGGACCUGGACUGGUGCAGGUACCAGAGGACAGAGACCAGGAAACACAGCAGGAGCAAAGGGUUAUUCUGAGGGUGCGGAGGUCUAACAAUGUUGCCGAGGCUGUGAGGGUGCGAGUCCAGGCAUAUGGAGAUGGAAGUACAGCAGCUCCUCCCUUCAGCGUGCAACCUGCUGAGACUCUGGCAAAGGAGAAUCAGGACUUCCGCUUGGAGUCCACGGUAGUUUCUUUGCAGCCAGGUGAAGAGGAGAAAGAAAUCAUUCUCAGCAUUGUGGAUGAUUCAGAGCCAGAGGGACUUGAAGUGUUCUUCAUCUACCUGAGUGAUCCAGAGGGCGGAGCUCAGAUCACAGACAGUUUAUAUCAAGGUUUUGGAGCUUUUGUGAAGAUCACUAUUCUAGGGAGUGACUUUCAUAAUGGCAUUGUGGGCUUCAGUCUGAACUCUCUGAUGGGUCAAGUCCUGGAUGAAGAUUCUGAGAACAGAACCGCAGUACUAUACCUGCAAAGACAGGAAAACAGAGCUUUUGAGGAUUUGCAGGUGUUCUGGAGAGCAACCUUCAGCAAGGAAGCUGUAACUCUCCUCAGCAAUGGAGUCAAUCUGACCUCGCAGCUUCUUCAGACUUCAGGGACGGCGGUCUGCAGGAGAGGAGAAAUACUCUGUGUCCUCUCUCUGGAGGUCCUGAAUGAUGAGGAACCAGAGUACCAGGCAUGGUUCUUGGUGGAGAUUUACAAAGUGGGAGCUGGAGCUGCCAUAAAUGAGACCACUCGUUUCGCCAACAUCACCUUAGCAGAGAGCGACAACCCACAGGGUGUUGUUUACUUCAACGUGGGCCAUAGACUGCCCGUCGCCACCCUGAUGUCUACGAGACUCACUCUGCAGGUGUACAGAAAAGCAAGCACAGCUUCAACUAUGUUUCUACAGUACCGCACAGUGGAGCUCAUGAGAGAAGAGAUGGUCGGCCCGUAUGUGAUCUGGCCGGCUAAAGCGGGAAUGGACUUCCCUAAACAGGAGGGUGAAAUAAUUUUUGAAGUUGGGCAGCACCUGACUUCUCUAGAACUCAUUCUGACUCCUGACCGGGCCUCAUCCUCACCCACACCAAAGCGCUUCCAGGUGGAGCUCCACAGUCCCACAGGGGGAGCCAGUGUGCACCCUCAGUUUGGGCUGGCGAACGUUACUCUGGUGGCAAAUGCUGCAAGUGAAGCUAUGUGGGUUAUUCUGGAUCAGCUGCAUCAACCUCUUGACCCGAUAAUACUCAAUCCAGUUCUGCAAGGACUGAAGAAUAAAGUCAUUUCCAUUCUUAGUGGAGAGCAGAUGACUGCGGUGCUCGAGGCUCUAGGGAAGGUGCUGACAGAGGCAGAGCGAGCUCCUUUGCAUGAGAAGAGCCAGAAUUUGACCUAUGACCUUCUGUGUCCUCUGGCUAAUCCUAACCGCAUGGACACUCGAGGCCUCAGCUUCCUUGCCGAAAUAGCAGAGCGAUUUGCAUUCUCUCUUGUCAAACACAUCCCUUGUGAGAUAAGGGGUACGGUGCUGGACACAUGUCCAUUUAUGACCAUUUCCGCCUUCCAGUGGUAUCCCACGCAAAUCAACGGGCACAGAUUCAGGGGCCAUAACGCAGACUUCUUCCAGCUCCCCGACAGACUGCUGCCGGUGCCAGCAGUGCCAGACGCAGUCUGUGGGAACCUCAGCAGGAUUCAGCUGACGGAGUUCAGAACCGAACAUUGGUUCCUCACCAACAAUACGAUCACAGCUGUUGGUGGGAAGGUGUUCUCAGCCAGCAUCCAAGACAGAGGCUCAGGGCCUCUAGAAGAUGGCAAUGAAGUCGUAUAUCGAAUCUACUCCAGUGGGCAAGUUAAAUCAGGAAGUUCUAUGUGCCUACUGUGGAACCAGACCACAGGAAGCUGGUCAGCAGAUGGUCAGUACUGCAGGGUUGUGAAAGAAAGUGGAAAUUAUGUGGAGUGUGCAUGCUCCCAUUUGUCCAUUUUUGCAGCCCAUGCUGAGUUUGCCAUGCUGGCAUCUUACAAUGAGGCCUUCUACGCCUCCGGAUUUAUCUGCAUUUCAGGGUUUGCCUUGGCCAUCAUAUCCCAUGUCCUGUGUUCCCGCUUUCCCAUGUUUGCAGCCAAACUGCUCACUCACAUGAUGGUGGGCUGCCUUGGAACUCAGAUCUGUUUCCUGGUGUCAACUUUUCGUGGACGUAUAUUUUCAGACGACAGCUGUGCGACUCUGGCCCUCUUCACCCACUAUUUCCAUCUCACUCAGUUCUUUUGGAUGCUCAUACAGGCUGUAAACUUCUGGCAAGUUCUGGUGAUGAAUGAUGAGCACACAGAGCGGCGAUAUCUGCUCUAUUUUCUGUUGGGCUGGGGACUCCCCGUCCUCGUCAUCAUCGUGCUGGUCAUCGUUUUGCUCGGAGGCUUCGGAUGGAACAUCCACGCCGUCUACGGACUAGUAAACGGAGAAGUAUGUUUCAUCCCCAACAUCUAUGCAGCUCUCUGCACGGCGGUCCUGGUUCCCCUCAUCUGCCUGGUUGCGGUGGUAGUUGUAUUCAUUCACGCCUACCAGGUCACUGAGCAGUGGAGGGCCUAUGAUGAUAUUUACCGCGGACGGACCAACAGCACUGAGGUUCCUCUGGUCCUCUACCUGUUUCUGCUCAUCUCACUGGUCUGGUUGUGGGCGGGGCUCCACAUGGGCUACAGGUACCUGUGGAUGCUGAUCCUCUAUGUCAUCUUCAACAUCCUGCUGGGCUUAUACGUGUUUGCCGUGUACUUUAUCAUGCACAACCAGCUGUGGUGGCCUACCAAAGCUAGUUACACUGUGGAGAUAAACGGCCAAGACCGUGCCGACUCGGCCUUCCAAGGGGGGGGACCCACUACUGUGGGAGGCGACAUCAGCAAGUCAACUCAGAACCUCAUCAGUGCCAUGGAAGAGUUAUCAGCUGACUGGGAGCGAGCAUCACUGCGGCCGACUAUUCAGCCUAGCAGCGCGUUUAAGCCCAGUCCUGCGAUGGAGACCUACGCCACUGAAGGAAGCUUCAUCAACCCCAACCUGGUCACGGCGGACGAGGAGUCACAGGAGUUCGAUGACCUCAUUUUUGCUUUAAAAACUGGAACCGGCCUUAAUGUCAGCGAUAACGAAUCUAUCCCUGGAAGCCACGAUGGAGGGAGCGUUACGAACUCCCAAAUCGUGGAGCUGAGACGAAUCCCCAUCGCCGACACACACCUUUAACCGUCUCACCUCACACAGAGCCCACGUCUGCUGUUACUUAAUAAUUCUUUACGAAACAGUAUUUUUUUAUUGUGAAAAAGCCUUUGCACUAAUGGAUCGUUUUCAUGUAGAUGUUAUUUUUUACUGCUGAGCAUCCAUGUAGACACACAAGGUUUCUUGUAUGUUAAAGUCUUUUUCUAAAUGUCUAUUUUGUUGUUUUCUGUAGUGACUUAGAUAAGCAGAUGUGCCCCAAAGGCACCGCCUCUGCUGCUGAGGAUGUUUAACAUUCUUAAUAAAUAAUGUACCUCAUAUUUAAUUUUAAA